AUGAGUCAGGAGAUUUCUUUGGUGAAGCUGCCGCCUUUCAUUAUUAAUCUGAUCAACAAGCUUGAGAUUUUUGGAGCAGGAACUGUGAGACUGUUAGGUCCAGAAAGUGCUUACAUAUACACCGUGGCCCUGCGCGAGAUCCGCUGCUACCAGAAGUCUACACAGCUGCUGAUCCGCAAGCUACCGUUCCAGCGGCUGGUGCGCGAGAUGGCACAGUACAAGACCGACCUGCGUUUCCAGAGCUCGGCCGUGAUGGCGCUGCAGGAGGCAUGCGAGGCCUACCUGGUGGGGCUCUUCGAGGACACCAACCUGUGCGCCAUCCACGCCAAGCGAGUCACCAUCAUGCCCAAGGACAUCCAGCUUGCCCGCCGCAUCCGCGGGGAGAGGGCAUAAACUUGUUUUCCAUUUGAGUGCGAAGUGUAAACCC